AUGGCGGGCGCCGCCAAAAACGACGAGCCCCGAGCCCAGUCGCUCACUCACAGCCUCCUCGCCCGCGCCCACAGCCCAGACAGCACCCAGCGAAUCUACACCGACAAGAUCCAGCACCGGCCGCUGCUCCUUCGCCCGUCCUCCCCACCUCCAGUCGCGACCUCCGGCCCGGGUCCCGACGCCCGCGCAGCCCGCCGUGUCGCCAGAAGACGCCACCUCUCCCAGAAGACCAGCAAGCGGCGGGCCGCAGGACUCAAGCCCGAACCUCUCUCUGCCCGGCAGCGCAGGCGCAUGGGCCUGUACGAUCUUCCGCGCGACAAGCAGGCCUAUGCCGUGUUCGAACCGCUCCACGCGCUCUGGCUGGGAUAUAUCCGCGAGAUACUGGGGAAUGAGCUGUUCACAGGUGGGCAGACGGCAGCGGCGAAGUUAGCCUCGGCGGAUAUCCACGGUGCUCGAGUGCGUGUCUCCAGGAGCUCGUGCCCGAGCAGGGUCGGCAUUGAGGGCAUCGUGGUACGCGACUCGCGGUAUGCGGUCCAGAUUGUCACGCGCAAGAACACAGUCAAGCUUGUGCCAAAGGAGGGCACCAUAUUCCGCGUUGAGGUUCCGGCUCCCGGAAAGCCAAUAACAACAACGAGCAAGCAGACACAGCCACACGCAGAUUCCGGACAGGACGAAAUCUUCGUGUUCGAGAUUCUGGGCGAUCAAUUUCAGACACGAUCUGCUGACCGCGCUAAUCGCAAGUUCCGUGCUCACUUCUUGGACAACUUAUGA